AUGGUGACAGAGAACGGUUCACGGACAGGCACAGAGCAGGAGGGGAAAGCGUGGGAGGAAAAGAAACAAAAGAGGGCUGGGGAGAAAGAAGAGCAAACACAGAAGACCACUGUCGGAGCAGGACGGCGUCAUGUCGCGCAGAACAGCUGUAGACCGCCAGACGCCUUGCGUGGAGCCGAUGUCGAUCGCCACACGCACCUGGGCCUGUCAAGUUUAUCGCUUGUCUUGUCUCGGGCUACUCGGCGGAAUACCACCCAGAGGGAGACCCCAGGAGGUCUGUGUAUAUGUAAGGAGGGGUGCCUGCUUCUCGCCGUCUGUCAGUCGAGCUGCUGA